UUUGAAUUUGCCAAACUUGUCUUUAGAUGUUGGAUGAGUAGACUUAGAGAGGGGCGUGAGAGAGGACUCUUCGUUUCAAGGGUAUUUUCCUUUCCUCCUCACGAGGGCCACUGUGAAAAGAGAUUUUUCCCCAACGGAGCCCCCUACUAUCUCCGGCGUCACUUUCUUUCCGGCGAACUGGGCGUUGGUCGUGCUGAGUCGCGACGAAGGAUCGACCUUGUAUUCUCUCUCGUAGCUGAAAAUUUUUGCGCGCGCACAACUCUCAGUGUGUGUGUGUGUGAGAGAGAGAGAGAGGACGGUAGCGAAUGGUCAUGGAAGAGAGGCGAUGGAGAAGGUCCGUGAUCGGUCGACGAUCAAGUAAUGCUCUUCUGCCCCUGCGCGUGAAGCAUCUUUCAAACACCAUUUCCUGUUGGUACUGUGACCUGAAGAUAUCUGCCUUGAAUCAAUCGGUGUUCCGUUUCGGACGAAGACAUGCGAGGUUCUUAAGAUUCUGGUUUUCGAUGGGGAUCGGUUUUAGCCUAGCGACUCUGAUUGCAGUCACUGGGGUUCUUGUUUGGGAAUUGGCUGGAGCUCUGCAUUUGCACAAUGCAAAAACCGUGUUUACCAAUCUUUUCCGAGCUUUCUUGUUUGGUUUUUCCCCUCAGGUGUCUGGUGUUAGAAUAUCACUUGCUGAUGCUGGAUACCUAUGUUUCUCUUCCUUGAUAUCUGUAGUCGUGCAUGAAUUUGGUCAUGCUGUUUCUGCUGCAAGUGAGGGCGUACAAAUGGAGUACAUUGCUGUUUUUAUUGCUGUUAUUUUUCCUGGGGCACUGGUGGCUUUCAAUUAUGAAAUGCUGCAGGCAUUACCACGCUUUGCUGCCUUCCGCAUAUACUCUGCUGGUAUUUGGCAUAAUGCAGUGUGUUGUGCAGUUUGUGGACUCGCAUUAUGCCUUCUCCCCUUCGUUCUGUUUCCUCUUUACAUACAUGGUGAAAGCCCCAUGGUUUUGAAUGUAUCUCCUGCAUCACCUUUGUCUGGUUAUUUGUCUCCUGGUGAUCUAAUUGUGUCUUUGGAUGGCAUAUCCAUACACAAUGUGCAAGAGUGGAUGGGGGUGACUUCUAUGGUACAUGAGCAGACUGUUUAUCGGACAAAUCAUUCUAAAGAUUUGAACGGUGUCAUGACAAUCAAUGGCCAAAAGGGAUAUUGCGUUCCUAGUUUUAUGAUACAAGGAGGACAGAAGAUUCAGUUUGUGGAUAACCAGGCUGUUUGUCCUGAGGAUCUUACUCCAUUCUUAACCUUGUCUUGUGCUGAUUCAAGCAUCUUCAGUAGCACUAAAGAGGGUGAUCAAAACAGACAAGGGAAGUGCUUGGCAGCAAGGGAUAUUGUCAAGCUUAACAAAUGUCGUGAUGGUUGGAUAACAGCUGUAAUCAACAGAAGCAGUUGCAUAUGUUCACAGGAUGAGUACUGCUUAGCACCAGUUUAUUUUCCUGGUUUGUCAUGGGUUGAGAUAAGAUAUUCUAGCCCGUAUUCUUCAGAAUGUUUGCAACUUCGAAGAAACACUGCAUUUCCAGGUUUUGAAGCCGCCAACUUUGGAGAAAUUAAGUGUGGUGGGACUUUUGUUUUUGUUGGUGACAUGAUCUCUAUGGCACAUUCAGUUCAGUUAACUGCAUAUCAGCCUCGAUGGAAAUUUGCUUUUGUUGCAUAUUUUCCAAAUGUACUAGAAAAGAUUUUAAUGAGCACGUACCAUGUGUCUCUAACGCUCGCCCUUCUCAACAGUUUGCCGGUAUACUUCCUGGAUGGUGAAUCAAUUUUGGAGGUGACUGUAGGCUACUUCACUCUGUUGAAUCCAUGGAGGGUGAAAGUCCUUCAAGCAUGUCUUUUCGGAGGCACUCUGGCUUCUGUCCUCGUCUUUUACAAGAUGUUCCUCUUCAAUAUUUUGUGAGCCCAAAAGGUUGCUCAAAAUGUUUCAAAUCAGUUGUAUUUUCUAAUCCCCCCCUCCCCUUUGUUUUUUUACGUAUAGUUUUCUGAUAUAGUUCGCAUUUGAAAAUUUUAGCACCAGUUUUGCUGUAGCAUUUGCUGAGUUUCUUGCGUUACAAAACAAUUCUAAUACACUGCAUUAACAUUUUUAACAUUUUGUUUCUUUAA